AUGUCCGAGUCUCCAAGGUCCGAAAAGGAAAUUUGCCUGACCCGGUUCAGCACACCGGUUCCUGAACUGGACGACCAUCGCUUUCAGAUGGAUUCCCCGCCCCGAAUCGAAACUGCCCCGGAUGUUCCCCUUAGCCCACAGAAUACCGCUCAGCAGGGCUUGACCCCAGACACACCCCAACGCCCGGAGUUGCUCCAGGUCCAAGAUGCUCUUCGUGAUGCAGGGUCUUUCUCCCGGGACUUUGAGCAGGCAAUUGUGGAUGAUGAUCGAUCAGGCCAGGAUAUCAACGCUAUCGGACGUCGAAUCUCCGUUGACCCUGCUGGAAACAUUCGCCAUGUUCGGACGUACAGCCGAAACCAGCAAGAUAUUGCGAAUUUAUCGAGGGCAUCUUCUGUCUCGGCUAGGUCAACGUCUCCCCCCAAUUCAGUGGAAGCUUUUGCCGACCCACGCCGCCGCGAGCGUGCAAACACUUUGGAAAGCCACGCGCCUCCAGAUCUCGAGGCCAUUCUUCAGCGGACGGUAUCUGGUGGCACCCAUCCUCGUCGUCCGACUUUCAGCAAUGCCAGUGUCGUCAGGCCCCAGCCAGGAGAUAUCCAACUAGACCCGGAAGAGGCCUGUCUCCCAGUCUAUGAGCAGCCCGGCAGGAUUCCAGUUAUUGACUAUGAAGAGCUGGAGGAAUUUGUGGCUUUGAACAAGAAGACGAAGCCUGCAGCAACCUGGCGCAGACACAGCUUGAGCUCGCAAAGCAAAGGCCCUCGCGUGUUUCACGACCUUCGUCCGGGGGCCAAGAAUUCGAUUAUUGAUGGAGCCAAACAGGCGUCGAGUACAGAACACUCCUCAUCGGACCUUGCACGCCUGGACACCAAAAAAUCGGAGAAGACUCCCGGCCAUGUUCUGGAUGAAAAAGAAUCGCUCAAUAAUCUCCAGAAUGAGAACGAGCCAAGCCGAUUUGGCUUCUUUUCUUCUGGGUCGCAAAGUACUGUGCAUGCUUCGGAAUUGGGCGAUCUGGUGCUCCCUGGGGACACCUUCCGGGAUCUCUUCCAGCUUGGACCCGAGGGAGGUGUAUGGUGGCUCGACGUCCUGAACCCUACCGAAGCAGAAGUCGACGCUCUUUCCCGAGCUUUCUCCAUCCAUCCAUUGACAACGGAGGAUAUUAUGACCCAGGAAGCCCGAGAGAAGGUCGAGCUCUUCAAACAAUACUAUUUCGUCUGUUUCAGGACCUUUUAUCAGAUGGAUAAAACAAAAGAGGAGUUCAUGGAACCUGUCAAUUUUUACAUGGUUGUCUUCCGCGAUGGCGUCAUCUCGUUUUCCUUCUCCGAGAACCCUCAUGCCGCCAAUGUUCGGAAGAGAAUCGGAAAGCUUCGCGACUAUGUGUCCCUUAGCAGCGAUUGGAUAUGCUAUGCCAUGAUUUUCGGCCCCGUGAUCCGGGAAAUCGAAGUCGAAUCCGAGGCCAUCGAAGACUUGGUGUUUAUCGCGCGAGUCGACGAUUUCGAGUCCUUUUUGCCUCGUAUUGGAGGGCUGCGUAAAAAGGUCAUGAGCUUGAUGCGCCUUUUGGGCGGCAAAGCGGAUGUUAUUCGCGGUUUUUCCAAACGUUGCAAUGAGCAAUACUCGGUAACCCCACGAGGAGACAUCGGUCUCUACCUUGGUGACAUUCAAGACCACGUUGUGACCAUGAUGUCCAACCUGGCCCAUUUUGAAAAGAUGCUCAGUCGAUCUCACACUAACUAUCUUGCGCAACUGAACGUGACCAACCUGGUGUUAGGAAAUCACGUUAACAAGGUUCUGAGCAAGGUCACCUUGAUCGCAACUAUACUGGUUCCAAUGAACCUGAUUUGCGGUCUGUUUGGUAUGAAUGUCGAAGUCCCUGGUCAACAUACCCCGGGAUUAGGGUGGUUCUUUGGUAUCCUUGGUGUCAUCGCUGGCGUGUAUCGCCUUGCUGCAAACACCCGCGCAACACUCUUGCUUUUCGCCUUUCCCUUCGUCCUCCGCCUCGCCCAUGCGGCGGACUUCACACCCUUGGCCGCUGAAAACCAAACCAACUUGAUCCCCAGCAGCGAGGGCCUGGACGCUUCGUUCCCGCUUGGAUCCUAUAAUGGAUUGGAAAUCCGAGAUGGUGCAGACGAAUCGGAAGGCACAGGGGUGUUGGAUCUUGUACGCAGAGCAUCGUCCUCUGACGACGCAUCGUCUCUAGGGAACAACCAGUUUAAGCAAAGCACCGUUAAGAUUGGAGAUACUGAAUGGUGGUAUCUUCCCAAGAAAGAACUGAGCAGCGAAAAGUCCAACAACGCCAGCCCCGCGCUCCCCGCAUUUCUCUCGAAGACAACGGACAAUGAGAAUGAUUCCAGACAAGAUCUAAGGAAACGAAACGGCGGCGUUUCGAGGCGUUCGACGCUCGUCUAUAUAUCUUUGACUGCUUGCUCGAAGCCUGACCUCGAUACUACAAAUACGGAUCUUGCGUCUGCGUUGCCGCGCCUGGAGCUUUACGUCUCAUCUGAGAAACCUCAGAAACCUAGCCCGGGGGAAAAUACGAACCAAGGAAAACAUGUAGCUGAAGGGGGGUAUAUUGCAACCACUAUGGAAGCUGAUGGGGAUGUGUAUAUCGGGGUGACAGUUCAGAAUGCAACGGGGUACUCGGGAGGCUACGACUAUCAGAUUGCUGCAUCGGUAGAUGCCUUCUUUCAUCGAAUUAAACAUGACGAUCGUGUUCUGUUCUUCAUCGAUUCUGACAAUAAUGCAGCCCUUCUGACGACAAACAACUUGACGGAAUCGUCACCAGGCUCUGAUAACUACAAUGAAUGGAUGGCCACCACGCCUCCGUAUACAAUGUUCGCCAACAACGUCAAUGAUACGUCUAUCUCCGGGUUGGAACGAUCGUGGUGCGCCCUGGACAAAUUGGCUCAGAUAGGCAAGGGGAAUAAAUCGCUUGAAGUGAGCAUGACAAGCCGAGGCCUUUCAAAUAAUCCAAAGGAGCAAUUCUACCUUACUGAUUUGAAUCAAAGCUCCACGUAUUUGGGGAUCCUAGCAAUGGAUGGCAAUUCGACUGAUUCAGGGAAUGGAGUCGUUGGCGGAGGUGGGACAGUCUGGAAGCCGAUAAGCUUUGAGACCAAAUCAGAUGACAAUUGUGCCGUUAUCUUCGACUUGUCGUUCUGCACCGACGUUGCAUAUGCUGUGCCGUCCAACCCGUCAUUCAACUUGUCGCAUCUUAAGACCACAUACGAUGACUAUGCGCAGUCCUUUUACAAGAACUUUAGCUAUUCGCUGCAACAAGUGCAAUGCGACGCUGACCCGAGCAACAUGUUCUCCUUGGCCGUCAACUGCAGCAACUGUGAAGACGCAUAUAAAGAUUGGCUUUGUGCUGUGACCAUCCCCCGCUGCACAGAUUUCUCCAACCCUGAUACAUUCCUCCAAACACGAAACGCCGGCCAAAAGUUCCUUAACGGAAGCACCAUCCCUUCAAACGAUCCACUGCGCACGCAGCCUGCGUCAAACUCCUCGCGCAACAAGAUGAUCGACGAAACCAUCCAGCCGGGCCCAUACAAUGAGAUCCUCCCCUGCAAGGAUCUCUGCUACAACCUCGUCCAGAGCUGCCCGGCGUCGCUCGGCUUUUCCUGCCCCUCAGGCAAAUGGCUCAAUUCCUCCUACGGUUGGCGGGUCCCAGACGGCGAUGUCACCUGUAGUUACCCCGGAGCGGCGUAUUUCUUGAUGAGCGCGAGUAGAAGAGGAGGACGGGAAUUUGUACAGUUAUUCUCUGCCCUGGAGAUUUACCUGAUGGGCAUUGGUCAGGACCAAUACUUCAUGAUACCCACGAUGUUGUGUUAUGAUUAA